AUGGAAAGCGUCACACUGGAGGACGAGAGCGAUGUUCCUGCGGUUAGUAAAGCGCUGUUUCUAGCUGAGCACAAUCUUCUUGGAAACAUCAAGAAUGUGGCAAAGACAGCGAAGAGAGAGCAGCUGUUUGAGAGCAAGAGGUUUAAGGGCUCAGACGUGGACAGCGUGACUGAACUGGUGCAAGCUGCUAAAAUCAGCGACGCCCCGAAAGGAACCAAGACAGAGCCAGCGGACGAGGGGCCUCCGAAGUUCACAAAGAGCAUCCUGAAGAAAGGAGACAAGACCAACUUCCCCAGAAAAGGAGACACUACUGCAAAAAAGAAGAAACAGUCCAAACCGCUGAGCUUCAAGGUGGGGCAAAGUGAUGUUGUUGUGUUGUGGGAUGAAGGGCUGCUGAGGAUGAGUAAAGGCGAGACGGCGCGGCUGGAGAUCGAGGCUGAAUGUGUGUAUGGGAAGAAAGGUCUUCCUGUCUCCAAAAUCCCACCGAACGCCAAGCUGAUCUUUGAGCUGGAGCUCGUCUCCAUAGAUUGA